UUUUUUUUAGAACUAUCUGGCACCUGUGCUUGGCUGUCAGACGAUUCAGACGGUGACUCCACUGUCAUCUCUGCGGCAGAACAACAGCCCGUUGACAAAGCCUCUGAGAUGCUGCAAAAGGAACCUCCAUAUGACAAAGAAAGAGAUGGAAGAAAAUUACGAGACACUUGAGGAGGAGUUAGGGCAACUGAGAGCAGAACCUCCUCCACAGAAGCCUGAUCAACAGAUCCACAGUCCAGAAACGUAUGCUACCAAGAAUAUCCAAGAGGAAAUGAGUCCACCUCGGCCGGGCCCUGAACCCAAAAUUUCUGCCAAAGAUCCUAGCUUCUCUGAAACGGCAUACCCAUCUAAAACCUUGCCCACCCAGAAUCUGAGUGAGACUGAAACUCCCUGGGAGAACAUAACGCUCAACCACUGCCUGUUUGUGACCAUUACCAUCCUGGUGAUCACCUCGGGGUUUCACAAACUUCACGGCAAAAGCUGUGCAUGGGGCACCAGACGAAGUGGAAGAAUGUGCAGUGACUGCUCAGCACUCAGGUGCAUUACAACACAGACCAUGCCCAACAGAGCUUGAACCAUCCUUAUGGGACGUAAUGAUCUGGUGGCUGCCAGACCUUGAUGAUGAAGACGAUGAGGAUAAGGACCGCGUCAAGUCAAAGAGAAGAACUACACACACAUCAAGUCAUCUUAGAAAGAAACCACAACCCAACAAAAAUCUCAUGAAGCAAGCAGACGUGAAAUUAAAGAACCAUAGAGCUAAGAAGAUUAAGACUGAAGAACUCAUAAGCAAGAAAAAAGGCCAACACAGAAAGGCAACUAAUGUGGAAGAUCAAGUUUAUAAAAAGGAAGUACCGGUGAAGAAAAAGCUGGUGAAAAAAGACCCAAUAUAAUUCUUGUGGAUCAGUGGAUGUUUGUUUUAAACACCAACGUAAAACUGCCACGGCUUUGCUACACUCAAUGGUUUUAUGUGAUGAAUCUGAUUUCUGUCUAGCCGUUAACAAUAUACUUCUAUAAAUCAGUUUUAAAAUGUCCAUCUGAUCUGGUCUUUAGGAAUCUUGUGCAUAGAAAGAUUCAACCGCUUUCCAUCCUGCCAAUCCAGUGACAAGCAGGCUUUGCACUUUAUACGCUCUCUCAGACUUCAGUGAGUCCCUUUUCCUCUGCAAGGUUUUUUUUUUUUUUUUUUUGCAGUUAUCAAAAUACAUCAAUAAAUUUUCUUUUGCGCAAACAGACCGAGACACGGGCAUUUCUCUCCAUAUCAUUUAAUUGCAAAACCAGAAUUUUAAUAGCUGGUCUAUUUCUGACCAAAACCAACUGUUAUUAAUGAAACAUUCAUACAAAACCAUGUGGUUACAUUUAUGCUGUUCCAAUUCAAGACUUCCCUGAAGAUUUAAAAAAAAAAAAAAAA